AUGGGUUCCUCAAGAUCAUUGCUUUUCUUCAUUACUCUUGCUAUUAUUAUCUUAAACCUUGUUGCCCCCACCAUAUCCCAAUAUGAUGGUAUGUGCUCAGAAAGUGCUGAGUACUGCUGGAAAUGCUCUGAUACUGGCAUCUACACACCAGGUGACAAGUACCAAGAGAACCUCAACAGCCUCCUCUCCUCCUUCUCCUCCUCCAACACCCAAAACAAUUAUGGCUUUUACAAUUCAUCAUUGGGGCAAGACCAAAACCAAGUCAAUGCAAUUGCAUUAUGCAGGGGAGAUAUCUCAGAGGACUCUUGUCAUGCUUGUAUCAACAAGUCUACUGAUAUUCUCUUGCAAAAUUGUUCACGUCAUCAAAAGGAAGCAAUCGUAUGGGCAGAGCCUUGUAUGGUGAGAUACUCAAACAACUUGAUAUUUGGUAUUGAACAAGUGGACCCUGUUCAGCAUGUGCCUAGCCAAAAAUAUGCCAGAAAUGAGCUGGUGCUUAACACCUUGUUGGGUAUUUUAAGUGACAGAGCUGCGUCAGGGGAUUCUCUUAAAAAAUUUGCAGCAGGCCAUGCAACUGUCUCUGGAGGUGAAAAAAUAUACGCACUUGUUCAGUGCACUCCAGACCUAGACAAGCAAAAUUGCAGCAAUUGCCUUAAACAGUCCGUCUCAGAAAUUCAAACCUGUUGCGGUGGAAAAGGAGGAAGAGUUCUUAGACCCAGCUGUAAUUUAAGGUAUGAGGCUGGUCUGUUCUUUGAGUCUACAGCCAAUUCGUUAGUAGAUAUUCCAGCUCCAGUUCCGGCAGCACCAGCACCCGAAGAAGGUACAGCACCACCACCACCCGAAGAAGCAAAAAAGAAGAGUAACACAAAACAAACAGUCAUCAUCAUCGCGGUGGUUUUGGUUGUUUUUGUCACUAUUUUCAGCAGCAUAUGCUUUUUCUUCAGAGUUAGGAAACGAAGGGUAAAACUUGAACAAGAUGAGAAUUCGGAAGACGUUAGUCUGGUGGAUUCGUUGCAAUACGAUUUUGAAACUAUAAGAUCUGCAACAGAUGACUUCUCUGAUGCAAAUAUGCUUGGACGAGGUGGGUUUGGAGCUGUUUACAAGGGUAGGCUAUUAAAUGGGCAGCCUAUAGCAGUGAAAAGGCUCUCCAAAAAUUCUGGACAAGGUGAUCGUGAAUUUAAGAAUGAGGUCAUGUUAGUUGCUCAGCUUCAACACCGGAAUUUAGUGAGGCUCCUAGGAUUUUGCUUGAAAGCAGAGGAAAGACUCCUCAUUUACGAAUAUGUGCCUAACACAAGUCUUGAUCACUUCAUUUUUGACCCAAACAAUCACGAGCAUUUGGAUUGGGAAACAUGUUACAAGAUCAUAGGAGGCAUUGCUCGAGGGAUUCUUUACCUCCAUGAAGAUUCUCAGCUUCGAAUUAUUCAUCACGAUCUCAAAGCCAGCAACAUUUUGUUAGAUAAAGAUAUGAACCCCAAAAUUGCUGAUUUUGGAAUGGCAAGAUUGUUUGUUAUUGAUCAAACUCAAGGGCAUACAAGGACAGUAAGGGGAACCUAUGGAUAUAUGGCUCCUGAGUAUGUAAUUCAUGGUUGCUUUUCUGUCAAAACGGAUGUCUUCAGUUUUGGGGUGUUAGUUCUUGAAAUUGUAAGUGGUAAAAAGAUUGGUAGUUUCCGAUAUGGCGAGAAUGAAGAGGACCUGUUGACCUAUGCAUGGAGAAAUUGGAGGGAAAAUACAUUUCAAAACAUCAUAGAUCCUGUGUUGACGAGAAGUUCACGAAUGGAAACGAUGAGAUGCAUCCACAUUGGUUUACUGUGUGUGCAAGAGAAUGCGGUGGACAGGCCAACCAUGGCUUCAGUUUUAUCCAUGCUUAACAGCGAGUCUCUCGCACUUCCAGUACCCUCACAACCUGCAUUCUGUAAGCAUAGUACCAGCAGCCCCUCUCCACAUGUAUCAAAAUAUGAGCCUUCAAAUAUUACUGAACCAUAUCCCCGCUAG